UUUUAAAAUCUGGCUCGUUCAUGUCGGGAGCGUGGGGGUCGGUGCGAGGAAACUGCUGUCUUCAGCUCUUCAGUAUCUUAGUUUCUCUGCCCGAGGAGAAUCCCCGGCCCUCCGCGCCGGCCAUGGUGGGUGGGGUUGAUGGCGGUACGAGGCCUUCUUUACCUCCUCCGCCUGUCCAGCCCUGCCCUGGGUCCGUGCUCGUGUCUGGGGCCACGGCGCCCGCGGCCCCCUGGGGGGAUGGCAUCGGUGGGUAUCGGGGGUCUCCGCCGGCCGCUCCUCCCUGCCGUCUCUUCUGCUGUCCUUGGUGCCCUGGCCAAGGACCCCGCCGCCUGUCCCCACACUCGCUGCCCUACAAGCGUGUUUCCCACCAAAACCCGAACCCACAUUCGUUGCGCGUAGCUAGUCCCCAGCUCAGAGACUAUCUGUGUUACGCCACAGGCCUGCAGCCUCCCUCCCCCAAAACGCCUUGCGUUGCUGUCGCUCAGCAUUUUCCCCGGCUGUCACCGGGCUCCGGGAUGCAGACAGCCUGUACAAACCGUAGCAGUCGUUCUUCCCAUAGUGUCGUUCAGCUAAUGCUGCUCUCCGUUAGCGACGUCAGUGCAGAGCACGCUUCGGGCAGCUGCACCUUCAAUGCCGGCCUCCCGAGCUGCUGCUCCUGUAAUCAUUUUGCGCACGUUCAAAAUGGAAUUUUCUGCAGCUUAUCCAUCGUGUGAGUAAAAAUUAAAUCCCAUCCGUAAUUCCACUGAUCUGGG